UCCUGGGCAUUCAGGUCACUUAAUAGCGCCUGAAAGCCGACUAAUGCGUUAAGCGACACAGGUGAUUUCCCAGAGUGCCCGUUUUUACUGCACACGCAGUUAUUUGAUAGGUCACAUGACCAGCCUGUGUGAUAUAGGUGCUGCUUAAAAGGAAGAUGUAUGAAACUGCAACACAAACGCAGUUUCAUCCUUCAUGGAGAGCGCCACGUGGGGUCAGAAGGUAGCUCGGCGCCUCAGCACAUCACUGUCCGGGUCGUACGAUCCUCACUACAAGAUGUCAAAGUCGGAGAAUUCCGAGCCGGAAGAGGAGCCGAAAAAAACGGCCAAGUCUGUAUCGGCCGAGUUUGCAGAUAUGACAUCGAUGAUGGGCGUGAACUAUAUCCAUCACUCCCGGAGGCUGUGGGCGAAGGGAUUCUGGCUCUUCAUUGUUCUGGGAGGAUGUGGUGCUAUGAUCUUCCAUCUCUACUACCUCUGCAGUGUGUUCUUUGCGUUCCCAAAGCAGACAAAAAUUGUCCUUGGUUUCGACAGCUUGAGAUUUCCAGCAGUCACCGUGUGUAACAUCAACCCUAUACGGGGUUCUAAGCUGGCGGAGUCUGGCCCCCUCAUGCAAACCCUUAUGCAGAAUACCAACACCACUAACCUCAUCAGAUUCUUCAACGAAACUGAUUUAGGUAAUGGAAACCCCGCUGCAACACAACCCGGAAGUACACAAGCCCAGAGUGGCAGUACCCCAGGGACCGGAAGUACCCUUGCGUCAGGGCCCGGAAGUACCCAAGCGUCAAGAACCAGAAGUACCCAAGCGUCAAGAACCAGAAGUACCCAAGCGUCAAGGCCCCAAAGUUCCCCACCUCCAGGAAGUAGCACCGGCAAACGGAGACGCAAACGUUAUUUAGACGACUUUACCGUGAACGUCACAAACUCCUACCUCAACAUCUCCGACAGCCUUAGGGACGACUACAACGACGAUUGGGAAAGAGCUUCGCCAAGAACGACAGAAUCAAGAAUUGAGCAUGAGUUUGAAGACCUUUACAGUAAGAUACCCAGAGGAAAACGUAUCCAAAUUGGCCACCAGCUGAAGGAUUUUAUGGUGAAAAGUUCAUUUUCUGGAAGGACAAUUAAAAGCAAUAACUACAUCGUCCACCCGUCCAUGACCUACGGAAACUGUUUUACCCUGCAGUACCCGGACUUUGUCAGCCGGAAGAGUGGACCAGUAGACGGCGUCGAGAUGGUGUUGUUCCUGGAGAACUAUGAGUAUCUUCGUGGCUGGACCAACGGCAAUGGUGCUCACCUGGUUGUUCACGACAGAAGCACCGUGCCCCUCGUGGAGCAGGAUGGCGUGGCAAUCUCGGGGGGAACGGAGACGUUCAUCGGCCUCAAGAGGGUGAACAUCGAACGCCUGCAUACACCCUACGGCUUAUGUGACGACGGCACAGAGUUCAGGAGUAGGUUCAACAUCACAUAUACACGACAGGCGUGUCAGGACUACUGUCUCGUGCGCUUCAUCGUGGACUCGUGCGGAUGCUACGACGGUCGUCAAGGAGAAAUCAACAUGAUAUUCCGCAUCUCAGAUGUUCGCGACUGUAAGACUCAGACAGAGAUUCAGUGCGUCAUCAAGAUUGAGAAGGACUUCGAGUUCGGUCGCCUGUCCUCCCAGUGCACGUGCUACAGCCCCUGCGUUGAAUCCUUGUUCGAGAAAAGCAUCUCUAGCCGACAAUGGCCGUCCGUGGAAUAUGGGAAAGUACUGGUGGAGGCGAUAUGCGCCAGGUCGGACGCCGAACACUGCAGGAAACUCCGGGAAUAUGAUGGCUUCCGGUUGUCACAAAACUUCAUAAAACUAAACAUAUUUUACGAAGAUCUGAACUACGAAAACAUCACGGAGGAAGCGGAUUAUGCGGAAGCACAGUUCUUGUCGGACAUCGGUGGUACGCUCGGGUUGUGGAUCGGCUUGUCUGUGAUCAGUAUCUUUGAGAUCGGACAGUUUUUCGUGGAGAUCAUGGGUGUCUGUUUCGCGCGCUGCGGAGCUAGCACGGAUUCCCGGAGAACAAAUCCACGCGUGCGCAGUGAGACAUCUACGAGCAAGCCACGGUACCCGGAUUACCAAACUCGCUCUGACUACGCUCGUAGUCAAAAUGGCGACUACCGGGCGAGCUAUGGCCAUUAAGAUCUCCCGGGUCAGCUCCGGGCCCUGAUCUUUACAAGAGAACAAGGAACUUUCAUUGAAAGAUAAAGCAGUGUGAUUUUUUGGUGUUUCAUAUAUCGGGCAUUAAGGGAGGUCAUGAGUUUUUGCGAGUUGCAAGAGAUCAGAGCACUGACGACUGCACACGACACUGUGAAACUUUAGCUUCAUGUAUGUUAUGUACUGAUCAAUGACAUGCAAACAGUGCAAUAGACAAGGGCCAUUAAAGUUAUACAACAGAC